UAUUUUUACACCUCUCUCUCUAUAUAUAUAAUUCUCAUACACAAACGGAGACUUGAAGAAGAAGAAGACAAUUUUUGAUAAGAUCGAUCGAUUGAUUCUUCGUUCAAGUAAUAAGUUGAUUACGUACACGGUUAAGAAGAAUCUUCUGUUGUUAUUGAGAAGAAAAAUGUAUUUGUCUUUUGUUUUCUUCAUUCCUAACGAAUCCGCAGACGCGGUUGAAGAAGGAGAGUGGGAAAAGGAGAGAUAAUAAUAAUCAUAUACACAUUUACAUUCAUUUCAAGCAAGCAACAAGAAUCAGAUCGCAUCAAUCAUCGAAUCUCAGGUUUCUUCUUCUUGUUGUUGUGUUUGCAAUUAAGUUGCAAUGAUGUCUGCUGCAAGUACUAGUGUGAUAAGCGAUCCUCCGAUCCUGGUAACCGUUUCCUCGUCGUCCGUGGCCGUGGCCGCCGGUGAAAUCGAAAUUCAGUUCGUCAAGUGCGAUUGCUGUGGAUUAACAGAGGAGUGUACUCAGAGAUACAUAGAUCGAAUUCGAGAACGAUAUCAAGGGAAAUGGAUCUGCGGUCUCUGCGCGGAAGCCGUGAAAGAUGAAAUCGUGAGAACAGAGAGAUUGAUAAGCACAGAAGAAGCCUUGACUCGUCAUAUGAACUUCUUGCACAAGUCCUCCGGUCCUCCUCUUUCAGAUCCUACUGUUCAUUUAAUCGAAGCAAUGAGACAGAUCCUGCGUCGUACCUUGGAAUCUCCUAGAUCUAUGCCAAACAGUCCCAUUAAUAAUAACAAACCCAGAGGUACUACUAUUGAUCGACCUUUACUUACUCGUUCUGAAAGCUGCAUGCCUAGUUUAUCUUUGGAUGAUUCUUCAUCAUCAUCAUCAUAAGAAUCUCUAUUGUUGGUGGGUUGUUAAUUAUUGUUGAUUUUGAAUUGGAAAGAUAUUUUUUUUUGAGGAAUUGUUAGUGGUUGUUGUAGCAAUAAUUAAAGAGAAAAAAAAAAGCAUUAAAAGAGGGUAAAAAUGGUGGAUAUUUCAUCUUCAUCUUCUUAUCUGUGUUUAAAUAAAUGGUGGACUGGCCUACCUACCUUGAGGAAGAAGAAGAAGAGAGGUUGCAAAUUGCAAUAAACAGCCAAAUAAGAAGAACAUGCUUCUCUACUUCUAUUUGUUAAAAUGUAAAUAAAUCUUUCUUUCUUUUUUGUAUUCAUCUAUAAUAAUUCAAAUGGUCCAAAUUUUAAAUCAAAUAUAUAUUCUUUGUCAAGAAAAGUUUUAUUUUUAUUUUA